AACACAUUUACAUUGAAGAAGCAAUAAAACAAAAACAUAACUUAGCUUUGCUAGAAAAAUCAUACCAAAAAUAGAUGGAAGAAAUUCUAAAGAAAAUAUAUGUUGAACAGUUUAAUUUAAUGAAAACAUAUCACUUGCCUUAGAAUUUAAAAAAUUAUUUAAUCAAUUGCUGGUGAAGAAACAUAAACAAAAUGUAUUCAAGGAGAUUGCAAUCUAGUCGAUUGGGAACUUUAAAUCCUGUUUUCCAUAAACGAGAGAAGGCAGAAGAUAAUGCUAUACUUACUGCUGGCAUGAUCAAGCAGGCUAGAGCUUCUGGAGUGCUGAAUUUAUCGGGAAAAGCGCUUUCAACAGUGCCAGAUAAAGUUUUUGCCAUCAAUGAGACAGAUCCAAGUGAAUUAUCUUAUGAUAUUAAUCGUAAAUCAACUGAAGAAGCGUGGUGGGAUCAAGUGCCAUUAACAAACUUGGAUUUAAGUUCAAAUUCCCUAACCACUGUUUCUCCACAAAUUAUAAAAUUAGAAGAUUUAACAAUCUUGUCACUACAUAAUAAUAAUUUGACUUCCUUGCCAAAUGAAAUUGGAGAAUUAAUUAAAUUAACACGAAUAAAUUUAAGUCGGAAUAAAUUAAAUGAUUUGCCGGAUAAGUUAUGCUCUUUACCCAAUUUACGUAUUUUAAAUUUAUCCCACAAUAAUUUUGAAGAAUUACCACCAGCGAUUAGUGAUAUACAUAUGCUUGAGCAAUUGGACGUCUCCAACAAUAAUCUAAAGUCACUACCGUGCGGUAUUGGUUUUCUGACAAAAUUAAUUGAGCUUAAAUUAUCAUAUAACCACCUCAAAGAGCUACCAUCUGAUAUUACUCAAAUGUGGUGUCUACAAAAGUUAGAUUUGACGCACAAUGAUUUAUUAUUCCUUCCGGAAGAUAUUGGUCUAAUGCGUAAAUUAGAAUUUAUUUAUUUACAACACAACGACAUGAGAUCUUUACCAGACUUCGAAAGCUGUGAGGAGUUGCAAGAACUAUAUGCUGCAAACAAUUACUUGAAGAAAAUUCCAGAGAAAUUUUGUGAGACGCAAAGACAUUUGAAGAUCCUUGACUUAGCCGACAAUCAAAUAACAGUUAUACCUGACGAAAUAGGCCUUUUGCAUAGUUUAACACGCUUAAAUGUCGCAAACAAUAAUAUAAGUAAAUUGCCAUAUUCCCUAGCAAAACUGGGUCAUCUUGUAAAUUUACAAGUAGAAGGUAAUCCAAUAAAAACUAUAAGACGGGAAAUACUUCAAUGUGGUACAACGAGAAUUUUGAAAACCUUGCGUGAUCGUUCCAUAUCAGAUCAAGCAGAAGCAGAUACUAAUGUGUUAAAUGUACAAAAACCAAAUACCAAAUAUGACGAAACAGUUUUUCCGGAUAGAUUUAAAAUGCGAAAGACACACAGUUUAUUUGCUACUAUGCAAAACCUAGACGACGUACCUGCAGAAGUAUUAGAUGUAGCUAAGGAAGAAAAUGUUACCAUGAUUGAUUUGUCUAAAAAUGUGCUACAAAGCUUGCCAGAAAGCUUACUGAAAGUAAAUGACUGUCUAACUGAACUUGUGGUUGCAAAAAACUUCUUAAAAUCUGUACCAUCGUUUAUAUCGCAAUUUACACGAUUAGCGCACAUAAAUUUAUCUAAUAAUCAAUUAUCGGUACUACCUGAAGAAUUUGGCGUACUCAAUACAUUACGAGAAGUUAAUUUCUGCAAUAAUCAUUUUAAAUCCAUACCAAAUUGUCUGUAUAAUCUUCCAAAUUUGGAAAUUAUAUUGAUGGGCAGCAAUCGUAUACAAAUGAUCGAUGCAACUCCUCAGGGACUAGGAGGAUUGAAACGUUUAGCAACUUUGGAUCUAAGCAAUAAUGAUAUUAGUCACGUACCGCCAAUAUUGGGUAACCUCCAAAAUAUAACAUCUUUGGAUUUGAUUGGUAAUUCAUUUCGUCAACCUCGACACCAAAUAUUAGCAAAGGGGACGGCAUCUAUAAUGUCCUAUUUAAGAGAUCGUAUAACACCUGAAACCUCUAAUUAGUCUUUAACCAAAAAGCAUAACAAGUACCUUGCCAUAUGUAAAUUUAAUAAGUUUAUAUAUUAUAAUUUUGUUUUUUUGAAUAU